GAAAUUUUUGUACCCGACCUACACAGCUGCCAUCUGCACAGUAACACACGUCCACAAGGAGCAAUAAUGGCGGUUUCUACACUGGUGGUAGUUUCAUUGAAGAUGCUUUUUAGCGUAUUGGCUUUUAUAAUGUUAGCUCUGGCUGUUUGGGGAAUCGGUUCGGAUGGCCUCGCUCCUUGUGUCGAUAUACGCAUAAAGUGGAUGCUAGUGACAUUGAUAAACUUUUACAUAAAUCUUGGUGUUAUAUUGGCUUGGAUAGUCUACAAGGAAUCAAGCUGGAUCAGGAUAGCUAUUUUAAUACCUAGUGCACUUUUUGCAGGAAGCACUAUUACGAGUGCAUACAUCGCUACACAGUUCUUCUUGUUGUCACUACAAGAAUCAUCAAAGGAUCCGUUAUAUUUUGUCUUGGUGCGACGUCAAAAAGAGGAUGCCAUGGGAUACAAGAGGGGAUCUUCUGUUUUAACUACAAGAGUAAUCAUUUAUGCACUUGGCUGCUUGAUGCUGGGAACUUUUGUUUAUGUGCUUAUUGUUGAUGGAUCACAAUUCCAUGCCGAAUUAUUCCCACCGUGUGGGAUAGCAACAUGGAUCGACGUCUCUUUCAUGAUUGUCACUUUAUCUGUUUGGGUAGCUUAUAAGGAAUCAAGUUGGAUAAGUGCUUUCUUUUGGAUACUUUCACUUGUAUGUUUUGGGAGCAUUGGUACAUGUGUGUACAUAGUCGUGCAGUUGUUUUACCUCUCACCUCAGCAACCUGUUUCCCUUGUGCUUUUCAACAACAAUAACAAAGACUUGUUGUCAAAUGAUCCCCUAUUGAUGGUGCAUACCAAUGCAUGAGAAGAUUCUGCAACAGUUUGUUUUUUCUAAAUGUAUAUUUUAUGAUUUCGCAAAUAAUGACAUUUCCAUAACAAGUUAUGUUGAUGUGUUAUGCUUGUAAAAUAUAUAUUCUGAAAAAACAUAAUUAUUUUAGCC